CAGACUCACAGGCUGCAGAUGAAGUUUUCAGUCACACAUCCCGGUGGGACUUUAAGGAAUUCAAAAUAACCUUCCAGACUCCACCGUGCGACUGACAUGUUGCGAUGUUCCCCGAUGACAUACAAAGCGUUCACUUGGUUUGGGUCAUUUUGUUGUGUUUUGCACUUCUACCGGAGGCUGGCUGUAGGUCAGCCGAUGCAGGCAGCUGUCAUGAGGUGAAGAUAGCUUACAUGAUGCGCCAGAUAGGCCCCGUGGAUUUGGUGCCAGAAAGACCGGGUACAGGGGAGCCUCUUCGAGUGUGUGUCCACACUGGGCCCAGCUGUUGCACAAGUAAAAUGGAGGACAGCUACAUGGCAGCUGUUCGUAGCGAGAUGCAGCAUAAGAUGCGAUCCUACAGUUCCGAACUCAAGUACCUGAUUGAAGGACAUAAAAAGGCCUACCAAGAAACCUUCGAAUCGCUUGUGUCCUUCACAUCGAAUCUGACGUCCACUCUGUUUGAUAGUGCCUACUCUGCUCUCGCAUCAGACUGUCGCCCCCCAGUGUUUCAGCUGUUUAGUGACAUCAAACGCCACCUAUCAGGAGAUGUUAACUCCUCUCUCAACAAUGCAGUGCGCCAAUUUUACAAUGAUCUCUUCCCACUAGUCUACCGCCGCCUGCUCAACCCUGGGAUUGGCCAUAUGUCAGCAAUGUCCCAUUCAACCUUUUCCACUAAUCACGAUGAUUGUCUACGGCUCACACAGCAGGAUGUGAACCCAUUCGGACCCCAUCCUCGACUACUCAUUAACAGCCUAUCUCAUGCUCUCGGGCCUGGUCGAGCACUGAGCCGGCUACUGAAGCUGGCUGGAGAGGUUGUAAAUUCAACAGAGAAGGUGAUGUUAACCCGGGAGUGUGGACGGGGAUUAGUAAAGAUGCAGUACUGUCCACACUGUAGAGGUCUAACACUGAUACGACCCUGUACUGCACUGUGUAACAAUGUCAUGAGAGGAUGCCUGGUGGGUGUUUCUGAGCUUGGUGCCCCCUGGGGAAGCUUGGUGGUAUUGCUCCAAAGGUUGGCUGCUACUCUAGCAACCAGCAGCAACCACAACAGCAUGGAGCUAGCUCUGUUGGCAGUUCGAAACCAUGUGAAUGAUGCAAUCUUGCACACACAACUGCAUGGUCCACGAAUCACAGCUACGGUAGAGAAGGUGUGUGGACCUCAAGUACCUGGUCACGUGACAAUGGAUACAAGGUCAUCCCAACCACAUGUUGAAACCCGUGCCACGUUACUCACUUCGGAAAAGUCAGGGUUAACUUUGCCUCCUUCCCCUCCUCGCCAUUUGUGGACGGACUCUAAGAAGUCUUUCCCCCUUAAAGCCUCUAAAGGAGACAAAAGUCGAAGUCUGAAAAAACUAUCAAGGGAAUUCGAGAUCUCCAUUCAGCGAUACCAGUGGUUUUUGUCUGAGUUGCCAGAAAUGCUUUGUGAAAGUGAAAUGGAGGUGGAGCAGCACACAUGCUGGAGUGGUGAAGAUGUUGUAGAAAGUUAUGCAGAUCAUGUUGUUGGCAGCACUUUGAAAGCCCAGAAGGAGAAUCCAGAGAUGUCUAUACGUCAUACAGAUCCUGCCCUCAAGGAGGUGAAACAAAGGCUGGAGCAGCUAAUACAGGAGUUGUUAGUGGAUCUCGGCUGGGCAAGCCAAAACAGAGGAAGGGGGAAGGAAGAGGACGGAGGGAGCACACAGACAGAUGGAAGCAGUGGAGACAAUUGUGAUGAUGAGGAUGGCUGCAAAGCAUCUGGUGAAGGGAGCGGUGAUGAUUCUCUGAGUGGUCGUAGUCCAGAAACAAAAGACAUGGUUUCUCCUCCUCGUCGCACAGUUCCUCCAGCUCAAAAUUCACCUCCACAGGUGGCUGUGCACAGCUCAGCACAUACAAUAACCUUUGAACAGCUCACCUUGGUGAUUCUUCUGCUCCUAAUGCUGUCCUCAUGGGAACCACGCUGACCAGGAAGAGAAAGCCCCACCGACAGACAAACUGGGAUAGUUGAAGGUCAACAGAGUUUUGAAUGUUUUGUGGUGCCGUAAAGCUUCAGUAAGCCCAGCUGAACCGUUCUGACUGUUUUAGCCAUUGGUGGCCAACGGGAUGGAACAAGCUGCUGAUUUACCACAGCUCCUGGUGCAAAGAACAUCUUUUUUACUAUUACCUGUAACUGACCUACCUGUGUUUGUGUUUAAUGGUUAUAGGAUAGUUCACACAACACUACUGACUUUUUUGAGAAGAUGUAAAUACGAGUAUAUAUAAAUUAUAUAUUUAUAUUAAGAGAUCCAGUAGAUAAUAGCCUGAUGUGUACAUUGAGCUCAUUGUUGGAAAAGAAAUUUAAAACACUUGGAUGAUAAUGGAUUUUAUUAUUUGGUUUGACCUUUAUUUUAAUAUGAUCUAGUGAUUAAUUUACAUUUACAUGUUUGUUACCACACCACUAGUAGUAAAGUAGUAGUAAAGGUCCUGCAUAGAUUUAAUAUUUGUAAGAAUCGAGAUGGAACAGGAUGGAAAGGUUUUUUCUUAAAAGGUAAAACAAAGAGUUAUCUGAUGUUUGUGCUACUUGUAAGUCUGUGCACACUAUUCUUGCCCUGCAUGGCUUAUCUGCUUUGGACUACUUUAUGAUGAUUUUGCUGCAAAAGGUAUCAUUUCUGAUAUUUUGUAAUAAUGCUCUGUAGUGUCUUGAUUUCUUAAACCAAGAGGAAACAUGUUUGGCUGUGUUCAGUCCAGGUGGAGUGUUGAAUAGUUGUUUACUUCUGAAGGCCUUUGCUUGCGCUGGAAUUUUUCUCAGCGUAGGGGGCUUAAUAUAUAUGCAUGCCUCACUUUUCAGAUUCAAACCUUUUGAAAACCAUGUAUCAUUUUGCUCAACUUCAUAAUUAGGAUGUACUUUGUGUUAAUCUAUAACAGUAAAUCUCAAUCUCAAAAUACUUUAACAUCAUUGUAAUGUCAAAAAAAGUUGAAAAGCCUAAGGGGCAUGAAUACUUUUGCAAUGCUACAUAUUCAUUUGUGCAGGAGAUUUUAAUUAGGUCAGAUAUACAAAAUAGCAAGGCAUGUGUCGGUUGAUGUUUUAGCUUCUUACUUAUAAUUUAGGUAUGUAUGUAUUGUCACAUUCUACAAAAUGUGCUUAUUUCAGGUGAUACACUUUAUUUAUGAAGGAUUUUGACUGCCAGAUGAGACAGCUUAAGAACAAAUAUUAAAAUCUAGAAUAAUUUAGGUACAGGAAUGUGAGGAUUCUCCCAGCAUCCUCAGCUUGUGUGUAAAAAAUGUAAAUCUGCACAGGAUUGUUGUUUUUAGGCUGUGGUAAAACAAGGGUUCACCACCUUCAGAUUUUCAAGGCUAUGUUUGAAUAUAAAAAGAUUUAUUUUCAUAUACAGCAUUUUUAGGUUUAUACAGCACCUCUGUAUCAUUGGGCUGAUAAAACAUAAUUAACAGUUCUGGAUCUUAGGUGUAAUAAUGUAAAGGAAAUGAUAUGGUAAGUGGUAGUAAAACUAAUUAUUUUUGUAACAAGUUACUACUAUAUGACAGAUGUAUGAGGUCUAGCCUUGAUAAUUCUGCACAUAAAUUGUAGAAACAUCAUCAUUUUGAUGACUCUAAUUAUUAAAACUGUUUUCAGAUACAAA